AGUGAUAAUAUUCCAGCUGCAUACUCAUACCAAAAUAAUAUAGUAUUCAAUUCAUUUGAUGAAGCUUUAGAUGCUUCUGAGCCAAAAAUAAAUGAAAUAGAUGAAGUAGCUGGUAACGAACAAAUAUUUCCAUCUUUAGUUCGAUCAACCC